AUGAAAUAUGAUGAAAUUAUUGAAGAUGUUGGCGGUUGUGGAUUAUAUCAAAAGUUUAUUCUGACUUUUUUAUACAUUCUAUCCGUGUUAGAUGGCCUGCAGUUCGGUAGUUUAGUGUUUAUCGCACCAGAAAUAAAUCAUAGAUGUGCUAUUCCUGAUUUACCAAACGACACCUACGAAGUCCAAGAUACAGACCACGCCGAUCUGAUCAAAGCCUAUAUUCCACAGUACAUAGAAGAUGGAGAGCGCAAAUAUAACAAUUGUUAUUUCUACAGCAAUGAAACAUUAGACAGUAACGGAACAAUGCUUGCAUGUAAUUCUUGGGUUUAUGACAAAUCACAGUAUCAGACAUCAGUUACCAGUGAUAUGAACUUGGUAUGCCAUCGUGCAAUUUUCACUAGUCAUGUGAAGACCGCCUAUUUUGUCGGAGCGUUUAGCAUGUUUUUGAUUGGCGGAUGGAUUUCAGAUAAGUUUGGACGUAAAAUCACAAUAGCUUCAUGCGUUCUUACUGAAGGAAUCAGUGCUUUGGUGAGUUCACAAGUAACCAACGCUUAUCUAUUUCUAUUCACCCGAUUUUUAGUGGCCAUCGGAGGUGCUGGAUGUUUUGGUACGAUCCUUGUAUAUGUAACAGAAAUUAUAUCCAUAAAAUAUCGAUCUCGACCGCCACUGGCACUAUAUUUUGGAUUUCCUAUUGCUUUUAUUUUCAUGUCUCUAAUCGCGUACUUUAUAAGAGUUUGGAGACUGUUAGUGAUCCUCAUCUCAGUACCAUUUAUACUACUGGCCUUAUUAAUGAUAUGGAUUGUCCCAGAGUCGCCCCGUUGGUUGAUGAGUGUAAAGAGAAAGAAACAAGCUGGGAAAAUCUUAAAUAAAAUGGCGGAAAUAAACAAGUGUAACUUUCGUUAUGAACCGGAACAUGAAAUAGACAUCUCUAAAAGCAAUGGCACAACCGUCAAAGUAUGGAAAAUUUUCACUGUUCGAGCUCUUCUGAAAAAGACUUUAAUUUUUAUGCUCGGCUGGGGAAGUAUAAUAUUCGUUUACUACGGAUUGACUCUGAACAUUGGUGUCCUGGCGGCUCUUUACACCUGCGAACAUUACCCAACAUGCAUUCGAAAUUCAUCAGUGGGAUUUUUCGGUGGUUUUGCGGAGUUUGUGAGCAUUCUUUCACCCUACAUUAUGGGCGUGUCAACUUUGGUUCCUGGCCGACUUGGUAAAAGUCUCCCUUUGAUGUUGAUGGGAAUUGCAUGCUUCGUGUCUGGGAUUUUUAUUAUCUUUCUUCCUGAAACAACUAACAAACCGAUGCAGGAUACUAUGGAUGAGGUGAUGAAUAACAAACAUAUAAACAACAAGUAA